AUGCUCGGCGCGAUCUUUCGCAUUGAUGAAGUGAGAUUUGAUGAUGAGAAAGAAAUGUGGAUGAUCAAGCUGACAAUGUGUAGUGAGCAUGAGAAUGAGCUGAGCGAUGAGUUUGAUUAUUAUCAACAACAAAUGAGAAAACACAUUGGUCUCGCGUCACUGGGGAACUUGAUGGAGAGAAUGGGUGAAUAUGAUAAAGCUAGAGUAUUUUACAACAGAGAUUUGGAAGAAGAUCCAAACAGCAGUGUCAGCUAUACUGGACUUGGAAGUGGAGCUCGCGAGAGAGGAGAGAUCGAUAUGGCACUUGAAUAUUAUUCGAAAGCACAUGAAAUGAAUCUCAAAACACUCUCUGCUCACCAUCCGAAUAUUGGCACCAACUACGUGAACCUCGGUACUGCUUAUUACGAUAAAGGUUUGUACGAUAAAGCACUUAAAUAUGAUGAGAAGGCACUCAACAUUUACAGCAAAGCUUACGGAGAAGAACAUGCUAAUGUUGCCAGUGUUUAUCAGAAUAUGGGUGUUGCAUACGACGAGAAGCACAGGUAUGAGAUGGCUUUGCAGUAUUAUAAGAAAUGUCUUUGUAUUCGAGAAAAGGUGUUACCCAAACAUCAUCCUGACAUAGCAUUAACUCACAACAGUAUGGGUAACACAUAUACUAAUCUCAACGAUCAUCAGUCAGCAUUGACGUCACAAGAAAAAGCGCAUGCUAUAUAUCUGAAAUCUCUUCCGCCAAACCAUGCGGAUUUGGUAAACAUCGCGAAACAUCUUCUCUAUUUAACACAAUCAGAAUUUGGUUUUGAAUAUUCAACACCAAGCGAUGAUGAAAUUUUUGCAUCACAACAACUAUUCAAAAUUUUAAAAUCAUUUAAAGAUAGUUAUUUUAAUGAAUUGUAUACUUAUGAAAGUCGCGAUUUCAACGAUGAAUAUGAUAAAACGACAGAUGAAGAGGAUACCACCGAUGAAGAAGAAUCAUCUGAUGAAGAAGAGAAUAUUACCGAUUAUGACGACAAUCAGUAUUCGAACAUUCGGAAUCAUUUUACGUUAGAAGAAAUGGAAAAAAUAGUGGAAUGGGUUGACCAACAUCCAAAUUGUAAACUUGCAACUAUUGCACAUAGGUUUAGGAAAGUCAAGUCUAUGAAUUAUAUCCCAAGAUUCAGAGAAUAUAUUAACAAGAACGGUACAAGAUUAGAAAAACUCAAAAAUAUCAAAGAAUUUAUGUGGAACGAAUUUUAUAUUAAAAGAACAAUUGAAAAAGAAGCAAUUUAUGAUAGUGAUCUGAAACUUUUUACAAUUCAAAAAGCAAGGGAACUGAAUUGGGAAAAUUUCGAAGCAGGUGAAACAUUUAUCAAGAUGUUCAAGAGCGAAAAUCGAAUUUCAUCAAGAAGAUACAACAAACUGGUUACACGAGUUUCUUCUACCAGAAAAAUGUGUAGUUCGAAAGGUAGGUUAAGUUUUGAAAUUCUAAAUUAUUGUCUUAAUGUGUUAUAACCGUAUAUUUUAGAUGCUCACAAUUGGAUUGAAAGUCAAAAUUUGUUAAUUUUGAAAUAUUCUUCGCGUCAAAUUUUGAACAGUGAUCAUUGCUCAUUUCAACAAGAAUAUGUUUCUCCAAGAACUCUUUCUUUUAGUCUUACGGUUUAUGAGUUUUCCAGAGAUCAAGGUCCAAAAAGGACCCUGAACGGCGUCCCAAGAUUUUUUAAUAUACUUCAAGCUGGAGAGUUCGGGUUUGUUUUAUUUUAAACUAGACACUUAACUACAUCGACUGACCGGCGUCGAUUUUUUAAUUAAGCCUUUAUUGAUUUUCCAGGCAACCAACAACCUCCACG